CGUUUUCACGAUCUCAAAACAAACCACCCCACAACUCCCUCCCUCCCCUUUUCAUAUAACUGCGACUGCCUUGUUUCACAACCAGAAACGAUCAAGAUCCAAGAAAAACGAGAAACCCUUAUCAAGAAAAAGAUGUGCUGUGGAGGUCGAAUGUGCAUGCUGUGCACAUGUUUGAUACUAUUGGUGAUCUUGAUUGGCUUAUCGUUCGGUUUUGGAGUUUUCAAGAAUGGGUUUCACAAGUUGAAGGAUCACCUUGAUGUUUGUGAUCCUAACGCUAUUGGUUCAUUUUGCGGCGGCGGCGGCGGCGGCAAGGCUUCAAGGCCUUUCUUGGGUUUCCCUGCUCCCCCUCCUGGCUCUUUCUAGGGACAAGAAGAAUUCUCUCAUUCUGCUGCUGUGAUGGUUUUCUUUAGGGUUCCGAGUCCCUUUCAUGUGUCCUGAUUGUUUUAGGAAUCUGUGAUGAGAUUAUUUGUUGGGAUUUUUUUAUGUUGAUUUAUUUUUUUAUUAAAUUUUAUUUAUCCUAGUACAUUAAUUGUUUCUUGGUCUGGUCUUCAUGUCAAUGACAGUGAAUUACUCUA